AUGGAAACUUCAACUACAAUAUCUCUUAAUUCAACCUCUAAUCACCAUUUUAAAACCCUUUUUGGUCAUCUAAACUCCAUUUUAAUCUCCCCUAAAACCCCAAAAUCCGCCAUUAAUGGUGUUUCAUUCUCUCCUUUUCUCAGUACCUCCAUUUCCAUGGAGCUCAAACUCCAAAAACCCACCAUUAAACAUACCAACAAUCUCUCGGUCUUUGAUCGCGCCUUAAUUGGAGCGUGUGCAGGAGGAUCAGCAGGAGCUUUUACAUACUUCUGUCUUCAUCCAUUAGACACCAUUAAAACAAAGCUUCAAAUGAAAGGAGCUAGUCAAAUUUACAAAAAUACCCUUGACGCCAUUGUUAAGACCUUUCAAGAUAAAGGGAUUAUUUCUGGGUUUUACAGUGGAAUAUCAGCUGUAAUCGUUGGAUCAACAAUCUCUUCUGCUUUAUUAUUUGGAACUUGUGAAUUCGGAAAAUCAUUUCUCUCAAAGUUUGAGGAUUUUCCAUCUGUAUUAAUCCCUCCUACAGUUGGUGUAAUGGGAAAUAUUGUUUCUUCUGCAAUCAUGGUGCCUAAAGAAUUAAUCACACAAAGAAUGCAAGCGGGUGCAAAAGGAAAAGCAUGGGAAAUUAUACUGAAAAUUAUAGAGAAAGAUGGAAUAAUAGGGUUGUAUACAGGUUAUUCAGCUACACUAAUGAGAAAUUUACCAAAUGGGGUAUUAAGUUAUUCAUCAUUUGAAUGGCUAAAAACAGGAGUUUUAAAGAAGGGAAAGAAGAAGAAAUUGAGUGCAUUAGAGAGUGUUUAUUGUGGAGCUUUAGCCGGGGCGAUUUCGGCCUCAUUAACAACGCCAUUAGAUGUGGUUAAGACAAGGUUAAUGACUCAAAUUCAUGGUGUUGGUGUUAGUAAUAAGGUUGGGGAAACUGUUAAGCAGAUUUUAAUGGAGGAAGGAUUGGUUGGUUUUAGUAGGGGAAUGGGGCCUAGACUUGUUCAUAGUGCUUGUUUUUCUGCAAUUGGUUAUUUUGCAUUUGAGACUGCUAGACUUGCUAUUCUAGACCAGUAUUUAAAGCUUCAAAAUCAUCAGUCGUCUAAAGAUAAGGACAUUCUUUUUGAUGGUUCUUAA